AUGCCCAUUUUUUCUCUCCUUUCUUCAUCAUCAGUCUCACUCUUCACUUCAUCUUCCCUUCAAUCAUCCUCUAAUUUCUCUCAUCUUCUUCCUCUUUUCUUUUCUUUGGUUUUUAUUGUUUUUGAUUCUGACCGAGAGCAACAACAAGAGGAAAUUACAGUAUUACGGGUCUCCUCCGGCCUCAAGAGGGUUAAGUUUCGUCCGGGCAUGACAAGUUUCAUGAGAUCUAUGUUCUCGACAGAGAGACCAUCGAUUUCCUAUUCAGGAUUAUGGACCAGCUGGUUAUUCAAUGUUGAAAGAUUGCAUAGGGUUCAUAUAGAGUGAUCAAUUUUUGAGGUAACCUUUUUUUGAUCUGUCUCCACUGUUUAAUUAUCUACUUUUUUGUGUUUUUCAUGUUUUGAUUUUCCCCAACUCUUCUAUUCCUGACACACCUACUCUUAAUGAAUAAGUUACUUACAAUGGCUUUUUUUCACAUGUUUCCAAAAAUUGACUGUCUUAUGGGCCUAGGUGGUUAGAUAAAAAGUCUGAGCUUUUGGAGGUUGAGCAAGGCAAAUGUUCCAUGACCUUAGAUCACUAUUAUUUUUUACAGUGAACAUUAUAGAUUUGUGUAUUGUGUUUUUGAAUCAAUUAUGAAAUCAUGACCCCAGUUUCAAUGGUAAUUUUGUCCAUAGCCCUUGGUUAAUUGGGUUUUUUGCAAACAUUGUGUGGAUUGAGGGUGUGUUCUCUGCACUGAGAUUGUGAUAUGUUAUUUUCGAAAGACUGAGGUUAUCCUUUAUGGUUGGUUUGUGUUUUCCUGUGAAUUGAGUGGACUACGUAAGUUUUUUCAUUAGUACUUACUGUUGCCUGCAUGUAUCUGUUGCACAUUGUACAAA